AUGUAUGAAAUAAAGCAUAUUAAGACACUUGAUGGUCUAGUUCUACUUCAUAAUUAUUCUAAAAGACCUAAGUAUGGUGACCCGCUUGUUAAGCCUGUAAUUAAGAGACAAACAUUGGAGGAUAUUACGCUGGACAGACCUAAUUUUAGUUCAGACUAUACACUAUUAACCAAUUUCUAUGUCAGUUACAUACUAAUAAAGAAAAAGUGUAAAAUUACAUUAAAAUUAGGCGGCGCGGCGGAAACGUGCUCCAGAAUUGACUGGCUGACUGCCAUCUGCACACCAAGGAAGCCGGCGCGAAGGUGCGGGCUUGGAGAGCCGCUGUCAGACUUGAUGGCCAGCCGCGCUUGCUCUGUACUUCUUAUGCUGAAUUUCCAGGUAUUUGCUUUCUGUAAUAAUGGAAUCCGAGUAGUGCGGUCGCCUCAAUUCGGGUUUAGUGAAGCAAACGCACAAGCGGGAUCGUUCGGAGGUGGUUAUCCGCAUUAUCAUCAUCACCAUAGGCCUGAAUUCGGUAAUUUUGGAGGCGGUGGAUUUGGAGGCGGCCACCGAGGCUUUGGUGGACGACCUGGUUUCGGUGGUGGUCCGCGAGGUUUCGGUGGAGGCCCGGAAGGUUUCGGCGGUGGCCCCGGUGGAUUUAGUGGUGGUCCCGGUGGAUUCGGAAGGCCUGUCGAGUUUGGCCCCGGAGGAGGAUUUGGUGGGCUCGGAUAUGGGCAAAUACCACAAGGAUCUAUUAGCAUAGCCCAGAGUAUUAGCAUAAAUUCUGGUGGCGGCGGAGGUACUGCUCAAUCUAGUGCGAGUGCUGGUGCGUUUGGAAAGUGA